ACAAUAAAACAUAAUACCACAAAUUUAAUAAUUAUCAUUAGUGAUUACAUUAUCGGAGUUUCAGAAAUAAUAAUCAUAAAGUUUAAUGCAGCGGAAAUAACUAACGAAGAAAACCGAGUAAUCAUGGCGAAGCCUGGCCACGCUACUCCUCCUGGUCCUCUCCUGUGGAAGCAAUAACCCACUCGACCGUCUAUCCCGGUGGCAGGGAUGAAGGCCAAGUCACACCAGCAAAAAAUCAUCCUAAGGAGUACCUUUAAUUUAACACUUAGGUAGUGUUUGCUGGGUGGCACUCGCUUGGCGAGCAUCCACUGGUCAAGUUCAUCCUUCCUUGGGUCGUCCACCGACUGCACCUUGUGGGUGGCACCACAUCAAUUGCUCGAUCAUCAUCUCUCGGUCCUAUGAUUAAACACUUAGCAAGUUUCUCACCACAGUUUUCGACGGCGUCGCGGAUGGGCUGCGCAAAACAGCGAGCACAUGGCGGACGUCGACGGCGCGCUGUCCAUGGGACUCCACAAAACAGCGAGCCGGCAGCGCGCGAAGUUGGGGCUGCGUAGAUCGGCGGUGGAGCUCGCUGCUGGAAUUUUAUGGGCGCCCUGGACAGCGAGCUGGGCGGCAUUGGCCUCUCGCCAUGGGUAGAGCUCGGAUGGGGGAAAAUGUUGCCAUGGGAGGGGAGUUUGGUUGUCCUCCAUGGCUGUCCAGAUCUCAGGCGCAGCAGGGAUUGUUCUAGGCGCUGAAACAUGGAGAGGAGCAAAGGGAGGAAGGGGGAAGAUUGCAGGGCGUCAUGGGAGGAAGAGGUGGGCGAGCUGCUGCUCGCCGUGGACGACGGCGGCUCGCUGCUGCUGCUGUUUUAUGGGGAAGAGGGGAGGAGAGGGGCCGGGGCGGCAUGGCUCCUACUGCUGUCCAUGGAAAAAUAAAAAGGACGCAGGAACAGCAGGGGAAGGGAGGUCGUCGGCUGCACUUGUGCUCGUCCAGGGGAAACAGGGAGGGCGCAGGAAGGGUCGAGCCCAUGGAGGAGCAGGGCGUCGCGCCCUGGCUGGAGAGCGCCUGCUCCAAGGGAGCUCGGCCAUUUGCAGCAGUGGCAGGGGGCAUCCAUGGCGGCUGGCCGAGCAGAGGUGUCGGCCAUGGGAACUGCUGGCAGCCAUGAAGCAGAAAGGGGGCGCUGAGAGGUGAAGCUGCAGGGGGUGGCGCCAUGGGAGGUGCUUCGAUGCGCUGGGGAAGAAAGGGAGGACGCCAUGGCUGCUGGCCGAUCCUCCCUGCUGCUGGCGUGAGGGAGAAAGGCUGCUGGAAAAUGG